AUGAACAAUUUGGGUAUGGCUAGAAAUCCCGACAUGUAUCGAGGAGGUCCCCCAUUGUGUCCAGCAGAUUUCAAACCACCAACAGAAACACAAAUGCCUAGUGCACCGACGAAUCCAAAAAAGCGAAGGAAAACUAAUGCAAAUGCAGCAAAUAAUGCAAUACAACCUACACCACCUCCAACGCCAGCUGAUUUACUUCCUCCUCCUUUAAGCGGUUAUGGAGAUACGAUAAUUGCAUCCAAUCCAUUCGAUGAUACUCCACCACAAACGAACUCAAUGAGUUCAAUGAAUCACAUGCAUAUGAAUCAUCAUCCACAUAUGCCAUACAGUCACAGUCAUCACAUGGGCGGUCCACCAAUGCGUGGAAUGUCACCAAUGAUGAUGGGAAUUAAUCCACAACAUUUAGGUCCAGGAAUGAAUCCACAUAUGAAUAAUCGAGGUGGAAUGUCUCCAAUGGCUCAAAUGGGUGGAUUAAGUCCUAUGGGUGGUGGAAUGCCUUCAGUUAUGGGACGAUCUAUGUCUGGAAGUCCUUUAAAUGGCCCUCAAAUGGUUCCACCUCUUGGAUCACCAAUGUCAGCAAACUCUAUGAAUACAAUUAGUAGUCCUUUAGGAAGCGGUCCAGGUCCAAAUAUGAAUAAUGGUCCACCUUUAGGGAAUCAUCCGAUGCACAGUCCUUCUAUGCCUCCUGUAAAUAGAAUGAAUGGAAUGACCAUGAAUGUAAAUCCUCCACAACAAUCGCCACAUCAUCCAAUGAACAUGCCUCCACUACAGAAUAUGAAUCAGAUUAAUUCGGGGCCAAAUAUGAUGAACAACAGCAACAAUCCUAAUCUUAGUAAUCAAAUUAAUAGUAAUAAUAGUAAUAAUGGACCACCUCCAGUGACGGUAAAUAACAAUAAUUCUCCAACGACGCCUCAUCAUGGUCCCAAUAGCAAUAACCAUCCAAGCAAUAAUGGACCAACAAAUCUGGGGAAUACAGCCAAUUCAAAUAGUUCAAAUAUGAAUCCAAACAAUCAAAUGAUUCAUCCAGGAAACAUGGGAGGUAACAUGGGAAAUAUGAGCAUGGGACAAAAUAUGGGAGGUCCAAUGAUGGGCAAUAAUCCUAAUAUGCCGCCAGGAAUGCAAGGAGGUGCACAAAUGUCAAUGUUUCCUGGACAUAAACCAAUGCCUGUAAGUGCUGGAAAAGUUUAUCCUGCCGAUACACCAAUGGUCUUCAAUCCCCAAAAUCCCAAUGCACCGCCAAUCUAUCCAUGUGGCGUUUGCCAUAAAGAAGUACAUGACAAUGAUCAAGGACUAUUAUGUGAAUCGGGUUGCAAUUUUUGGUUUCAUCGCACGUGUAGUGGUUUAACUGAGGCAGCGUAUCAAUUAAUUCACUUCGAAGUUUAUGCUGAAUGGUGUUGUGAUAAGUGCCUCGCAUCAAAAAACAUACCUAUGGUUAAGUUCAAGCCAUAG